AUGGAAGAGGAGCUCCGCAAAGAUGCUGCAAUUGAAGUUUUAAGAUCAAGGAGAGAUUUUCACCCAGCUCAUUACCUAUUCAAGAUAGAGCAUUUUUCUGUUCUUUUGGAAGAAGAUAUUGAAAAAUGUGAAUCAGAUGACUUCGAAGCAGGGGGCUAUAAAUGGAGAUUGUGCUUAUAUCCCAAGGGUAACAAAGAAAGGAAUGGAAAUGGCUACAUCUCACUCUACUUGGUCAUAAGUGAUACCCGUAAUCUCCCUCAUGGUUGGGAGGUUAAUGCCCAGUUCAGAUUAUUUGUCUAUAACCAUAUAGAGAAUAAGUAUUUGACCAUCGAAGGUGGGUAA